AUGCGAUCGAAUCGUUUCAAUCAAGCAUCAUUGCAAAAGAUGAACGAAAACCACAAUCCAAAAUCCUCCGAUCGUCCUGACAUUUUUGCUCGAGUUCUGUCAGAGAAACUUACUGGUCCAUGGAUUGAGCAGGUUUUUUCGAAGAGAGAAUGUAUGAGGUUCAUACCAUCAAUCGAUGUGAACAGGUGCGGCUGUGGAAGAACAGCUAGUGCACACAGUUCAGAAGCACUAGAGGCAUGUUCACAAACCACAGAUGAUAAUCAUUCACUGUCAACACAUUGUGCUCCAGAGCGAUGGACUAUCGCUGAACAUACACUAGUUUCUCAUACUGAUGCAUUUGGCACACUCGAGUUCUCGGGUGGCACACAUGCACAUCGAGCGCAUUAUGUUCGUUUGGGAUACGAUUCAGAUCCUGUUGACAUAAUGUACUUGAUGGAAAAGGUAUGGAAAUUGGAACCACCUCGUCUUGUGAUUACAGUGCAUGGUGGAAUUACCAAUUUUGAAAUGCGAUCAAAAAUAGUGACGAUUGGGAUCGCUCCAUGGGGUUUGUUAAAGAAAAGAGAGAAACUGAUCGGAAAAGAUAUCGUUGUGCCAUAUGAUCUCCACUCAUUCUCAAAUAGAACUAAGCUUGCUGUUCUCAACGAUCGACACUCAUAUUUUCUUCUUGUUGAUAAUGGCACUUCAGGAAGGUAUGGAGCUGACAUAAUUCUACGUAAACGAUUUGAAGAAUUCAUUGCACAAAAACAAACGCUUGGAAGUGGAACAAGGAGGGUACCAGUUGUGUGUGCUGUUCUUGAAGGUGGAACUUGCACAAUACGUGCCAUUUUGCAAUAUCUUACCAAUGAUCCACCGGUUCCAGUAAUUGUCUGUGAUGGAAGUGGAAGAGCUUCUGAUCUCCUUGCUUUCGCACAUCACUAUGUUCAACCAGAUGGCAGCCUACCGAGCGAAGUUCGCGAACAACUACUGGUGUUAAUCGCAACCGUUUUUCGUUACAGCGCCACAACCCCGGAGCAGUUACUUGAUGAUAUACUGCGGUGUGUUGAACAUCGCGAACUGUUAACAAUAUUCCGUUUGAGCGACAAAGAACAAGAUGUUGAUCAUGCGAUUCUGGCAGCACUGCUCCAGGGACAGAACCUUUCGCCGGCCGAUAAGCUGGCAUUAACACUGGCGUGGAAUCGUGUUGAUAUUGCUCGAUCGGAGAUAUUUUCUGACGGAAAACAGUGGUCACCGCAUUUAUUACAUAAUGCAAUGAUGGAAGCGUUAAUGUUGGAUCGUGUUGACUUCGUUAAUAUCCUUCUCGAAAAUGGCGUUUCAAUGAAGAAAUUCCUCACCAUAAGUCGACUCGAACAACUUUACAAUAUGGAUCAAGGCCCACCGAUAACGAUUCGUCACUUAAUUCGAAAUAAUCUCUCAAAAAGUGACGGCAAUUUCGAACUACCUGAGAUUGGUGCAGCGAUUGAGAAGUUGAUGGGUAAUGCAUAUAAGAGUUUUUAUACAACAAGUUUGUUCAAGAAUAAUGAAACAACAGAAUUCAAUUAUCCAUUCAAUGAACUAAUGCUAUGGGCAGUAUUAACACGCCGUCAAGAAAUGGCACGUUUCAUGUGGAUGCAUGGUGAGGAACCAAUGGCAAAAGCGCUUGUUGCCAUGCGUCUAUACAAAUGCAUGAGUAAAGAGGCUGCUGAUGAUUAUGUUGAAGUGGAAAUUUCUGAUCAAUUACGUCAAUGCGCUGAAGAAUUCAAAAUGAAGAGUUUGGAUUUGUUGAACCAUUGCUAUCAGCAAGACGAUACGCAAACAAUGCGUUUACUCACUGCCGAGUUGCCUAAUUGGGGUCAUCAGACAUGCUUAUCGCUCGCUGUUAUCGCUAACAAUAAGCAGUUUCUCGCUCAUCCAUGCAACGUCAUUUCAGCUGUCAAAUUCUAUUGGCGGAUCUGUGGCACGGAGGACUUCGCAUCAGAAGCGAUCGCAUUUCCACCGGGCAUUCUCCUGCUUGAUGUGAAACCAACCGUUUGGUCAAUGUCAUCGAGCGUUUCUCACCAACACCAUUACGUUUGCAGUUCUGAUUCUGAUGAAUUUGAAGAGGUUAUUCCGUCUUAUUCGAAUUUAUUUUCGACUUUUUUUCAAAUGUUCACAAUUCUUCAGUCGUAUCCAAAUAACCAAAAAAACUUUCAGGAAAUCGAGAGCAGUAACGAGGACGAUGGUGAGAAUAAUAAAUUACACCGUCAAAGCACCACCAGUGCUACAUCGUCUUUUUUCAAGCCUAGAAAACGGAACUUUACCAAAACAUUCAUGCGUUCGAGGAGUGCUUCGAGAGAAAUAACUGAUCUGAUUGACUGUGACGAUCAUAUGGAACGAGGUAAUUCGAACGGUUCAGAAGAGCAGCACAAUAGAAAUGCUAUGCGUUGGCGAUCCAAAGUGAACGCAUUUUAUUCAGCACCGAUUACAACGUUUUGGACAUGGAGUUUAAGCUUCGCAUUGUUUCUGUUCGCAAUCACCUACGUGCUCUUGAUUGAAUUCCCGGUGCAUAUCCGCAACGUUGAGUGGUUAUUACUGAUUUAUGUCAUUUCAUUCGCAAUGGAGCACUUCCGUAAGCUCUUAAUGCAGGAAGCAAGUUCGCUGUUCGAAAAAAUUCGUGUAUUUUUCAAUCGACAGUGGAAUUAUUUAACUGUUUUCGCCAUUCUCUCAUUCUUUGUUGGUUUUGCGUUUCGCCUAAAUCCACUCACAAGGCACUCGUAUGGUCGAGUGAUUUUAGCAUGUGAUUCAGUGUUAUGGUACAUUAAAGUUCUUGAUUUUAUGAGCAUACACCCUCGUCUUGGACCAUACAUAACAAUGGCUGGCAAAAUGAUUUUGAACAUGUGUUAUAUAAUUGUACUGCUACUGGUCACAGUAAUGGCAUUUGGUGUAUCUCGACAAUCUAUAACGUAUCCACAUGAAAAGUGGAAUUGGGUACUGGUUCGAAACAUCUUUUAUAAACCUUAUUUCAUGCUCUAUGGUGAAGUGUAUGCUGGUGAAAUUGAUACGUGUGGAGAUGAAGGUACCAACUGCGUACCUGGAGGAUGGAUUCCACCCGCGUUGAUGACUAUUUUUUUGCUCAUUUCGAACAUACUUCUCAUAAACAUGCUUAUCGCAAUUUUCAAUAAUAUAUUCAAUGAAACGAAUGCAAUAUCACAACAAGUUUGGCUCUUCCAACGCUACGAGCAAGUACUCGAAUACAAAAACACUCCACUCAUACCUCCUCCAUUCACUCCGAUUGCUCAUCUCAUCUACCUUAUCACGUAUCUUUCAAAGCAAUUUUUGAUUUCAGAAGUGCGUUUGGAUGAAGAUGAAAUGCGUAAAUUACAUGAUUUUGAGGAAGACUGCAUGGACGAUUUAUCAAGGAAAAACUUUUUAAGUGAAUCAGUUAAUUCUGAAUUGCGACUCCAAAAUACUGCUGAAAGGUUUUUGCUGGUUUAUAUUGAUGAAGUUGAAAUUGAACUUCCUAAAAAUACAGUAGAGAUUAUGUAUUCGCGAUGGAGAGAAAUGUUCAAUGAAGAAUGGAAUUUUAAAUCAACUAUUUGGGAGAUUGAAUCUCGUUUGGAAAGCAUAGAAGCAAAUCAACGUCAAUUAAUUGCAAUGUUGAACGCUCAGUCGACUGAUUGUAGCAAGCAAGUGAUACGUGAUUUCGUGACCAACUCUGAUAUAAAGAAACGUUUAUUAAAAAGAAAUGAAGGGUAUACAACGAUCACUGAUGCGAUCCAGUCGCACAUCCCAAUGCGACCGAGCGCAACAGCGAAUCUGGAAACGCCAUCGGCAAAGCCAAGCUUCGCUCUUCGUCAAAAUGAGAUGCUACGAGACUAUGAGGAAGUAGCGAAAAUAUUGCCAUUUAAGGCGUCCAGUAUAAUAACCUCAGAAAUAAUUGCUGGACGUAGAAGGCGUAAGUCAUCAACAUGUUCAGCACAUGAGGAUAUAUAUGAAAUGGAUAGAGGGAAUGCAUCGUCGUGUUCGUCCUCUUCUGAAUGGAGCGCAUCAUUACAUCGUUCAAUGCCACACUAA